CCGUCCGAAUCAGUCUUCAGAUUCUGUACAUUUCAGAUAGGUAUCAGUAGUAUUGAUUCGGACAUUGAAAAGAGGAGUGUUACGCGGAGAAAAAUACAAUUCACUAGCAAUUUAGUAUAGUGAAGAGCAAUGUUAAAAUCUAAACCAUCUGUAAAUAUAGUAUAGAUUUUACUGACGCACCGAUGAAAACUGACGAUCGACAUCGUUGGAAUAGGCUUAAUUGUUUUGAAUGUGAAUUACUUCGUUUUGCAUUUUAAUUUCAACUCAUCACAUUUUUUUUUCUUCUAAAAUUAUGGAUGUAGUCUUGUUGUUGGAUUUUUAUAGUAUCAGAUGAUAAUAUAUUGGUGUGAUAAAUAUUCAAGAUCGAUUUCUUCAGCUUAUAUCUUAUCUUAAAAAUUUUUACUAAUUAUUUUUUAAUAAUUGUCGAACGAAACGAUGUCGUCGCAUUCUGUUUCUUCGACAACAUUUGUCGAUAAAAUAGAUCCAUUCAAGAAAGGAUCACUAAAAAGAAAGCAAAAAAAGUCUCAGGGAUCGUCCCGAUACAGAUCAACCAAUGAUGUAGAGUUGCAAGCUCUCCCACUACUCAAAGAUGUUUCAGCAUCUGAACAGGAGGAAUUAUUUAUCCGUAAACUUCGGCAAUGUUCAGUUGUAUUUGAUUUUAUGGAUCCUGUUUCAGAUUUGAAAGGAAAGGAAAUUAAAAGAGCAACUUUAAAUGAAUUAGUUGAUUAUAUAACUGCAGGGAGAGGUGUGUUAACAGAAGCUGUUUAUCCUGAAGUGAUUUGGAUGAUAUCUUGUAAUCUUUUUCGUACCUUGCCACCAAGUGAAAAUCCAGAUUUUGAUCCUGAAGAGGAUGAUCCCACAUUAGAAGCAUCUUGGCCGCAUUUACAACUAGUGUAUGAAUAUUUUCUUAGAUUUCUUGAGUCUCCAGAUUUUCAACCCACUAUUGGGAAAAAAGUGAUUGACCAGAAAUUUGUUUUACAGUUAUUAGAUUUAUUUGAUAGUGAAGACCCAAGGGAAAGAGAUUUUUUAAAAACUGUUUUACAUAGGAUUUAUGGCAAAUUUCUUGGUUUAAGAGCAUUUAUUAGAAAACAAAUCAAUAAUAUAUUUCUAAGGUUUAUAUAUGAAACUGAACAUUUAAAUGGAGUUGGAGAAUUACUUGAAAUUUUAGGAAGGUAACAAUAAUUGUAUAUUUCUUAAAGAAUUUUUAAAAUGUAAAAUAUUAAUGAUCAGUUAACUUUUUAUAUUUAUAAAAUAACUCAUGAUUAUUUUUGUAACUAAAAUGACAGUUACUGAAAUAGCUAAAAUUUUAACAUGUAAACAGGCAGCAUAAACUGCACUGAC